CUAACGCCUAUUUGCUGAUUAUUGAAUGCAGUUACAACAGUGUUUGGAAACACAGGUGUCUCUCGCCUCUUCUCUCCAUUUCAUCGAUCCGCUCCUCAGAGUGAAGAUCACAGUCCGAGACGCAUCUCAAAGUUUAAAGCUCUUAUCCACCGUUUACAGCUAUGGAGGACUGGGAGGAAGACGAGCAGAGCCCUGUGGUGAGCAACAUGAUAUUUGGGAAUGCUGGGAACUCCUGGAACAGUGGAAGCCAACAAAGCAGCUUUAAAAGCAUCAACGACAAAGAGGAAAGUCCUUGUGAAAAUGGUGAUGGUGGUUUUGGGACUCAAGGAGGCAGCAGGGGUCGGGGCUGUAGAGGAGGAGGUGCAGGCUUCAAGAGCUUCCGUUCAGAAUUUGAUGAAAAUGGAAAUGAAGAAGUUGAUGGUAGCAGCUCCUGGAAUAGUGGUGGAUUCAGGGGAAGUGGAGGCAGAGGACGAGGACGAAGAGGAAGAGGAGGAUUUAGGAAUUCCUUUAACUCUGACCGUGAUGAAAAUGACAACGAUAGAGGUUUUAAAAGUGACUUUAGUGGCAGAGGUGGGUGUGGGGCGAGUGGAGGGCGUGGCGCUUUCCGACAAGAUGGUGACAUUGAAGGCAGAAGGUCCUUUGGUGGAGGGUACAGAGGACGGGAUGAGGAGGUGUUUUCAAGAGGAUUACAGAAGGAUGGUGAGGAAAAAGAAGGUGGUACAUCUGCAGGAGCCAAGGUCAGCUAUAUACCCCCUCCACCACCAGAAGAAGAGAACGCAGUUUUUGCCCACUACGCAACAGGCGUCAACUUUGACAAGUAUGAUGAUAUCCUUGUAGAUGUAAGUGGAAGCAACCCGCCCAAAGCAAUUAUGACAUUUGAAGAAGCUCAACUCUGUGAGACUCUUAACAGAAAUGUCGCCAAAUCAGGAUACGAGAAGCCUACACCCGUUCAGAAGCAUGGUAUUCCCAUCAUUUCUGCCGGAAGGGAUCUUAUGGCUUGUGCCCAGACCGGAUCUGGAAAAACGGCUGCGUUCCUGCUGCCUAUUCUGCAGCAUCUCAUGAGCAACGCUGCGGCAAGCAGCAAGUUCAGCGAGGUGCAGGAGCCUGAAGUUAUCAUUGUGGCCCCCACCAGGGAACUCAUUUAUCAGAUUUACCUAGAGGCCCGCAAGUUUGCCUAUGGCACUUGUGUGCGUCCUGUAGUGGUUUACGGUGGCACAAACACCGGAUUUUCAAUCCGAGAAGUGUUGAAGGGUUGUAACAUCUUGUGUGGGACACCUGGAAGAUUGCUGGACAUUAUUGGGCGUGGAAAGGUUGGACUGAGUAAAGUGCGUUAUUUGGUGCUGGAUGAAGCUGACCGGAUGCUGGACAUGGGCUUUGAGCCAGACAUGCGAAAGCUGGUGAACUCUUCAGGAAUGCCUUCUAAAGAAGAGCGGCAAACCCUGAUGUUCAGUGCCACCUAUCCAGAGGAUAUUCAAAGGUUGGCAGCCUGUUUUCUGAAAGUGGAUUAUCUCUUCCUGGCGGUGGGAGUUGUGGGAGGAGCCUGCAGUGACAUAAAGCAGCUCAUCCUUCAAGUCACCAAGUACUCAAAGAGGGAGAAGCUGCUGGAGCUGCUGAAGACCACAGGGGCAGAGAGGACAAUAGUCUUUGUAGAGACCAAGAGAUAUGCAGAUUUCAUUGCAACAUUUCUCUGUCAGGAAGACGUACCCACGACUAGCAUCCAUGGCGAUCGGGAACAGCGAGAACGGGAGAAAGCUCUCAGUUACUUCCGGACAGGUCGAUGUCCUGUGCUGGUAGCGACUUCUGUCGCUGCUAGAGGUCUGGACAUGGAGCAUGUCCAGCAUGUGGUGAACUUUGACUUGCCCAAAGACAUUGACGAGUAUGUGCACCGCAUCGGGAGAACGGGCCGAUGUGGAAACACAGGAAGAGCCGUGUCCUUCUUUGACCCACAGUCUGACACUCCUCUAGCUCGCUCUCUGGUCAAAGUCCUCUCAGGGGCGCAGCAGGAAGUGCCUUCAUGGCUGGAGGAAAUUGCAUUCAGUGCCCAUGGUACCUCAGGGUUCAACCCACGUGGUGAAGUGUUUGCCUCCACUGACACUCGCAGGGGUGCAUCCUUCCUGAAGGACCAUACACCCCAACCAUCUCAGAGCACUGCUGUAGGACCUGAUGAAGACUGGGACUAAUUUUUUAGUACUUUUUGUACUUUUUUUGUUAUUAAUGUAUUCAGUUUAAAAGAGAUGUUUGUUUGUUUGUUUGUUUGUUUGUUUGUUCCAGAUACAGUUUAAGUGUGAAGGCAUUUGUUUUGAAGGAGGGAAAAUAGUUGUUGUUCCCCAGUGCUAAUAAAUUCACACAACAAAAGUUUUCCUCUGCAGUGUUGUGUAUUUUACAGGCUAUACUCUCUCAUUAUAGCGAUGCAGUUUUACUCACUGCAGUCUGUGAAGGUACAGUUUCAGGUACUGCUUCUUCCUCCAUACAAGGUACAGUUCCAUUGGGUACAAGAUAAAUAGGUUUGACACAGAAUC